AUGAGUGGCAGAGGCAAAACCGGUGGCAAGGCCAGAGCUAAGGCCAAAACUCGUUCAUCUAGAGCUGGAUUGCAGUUCCCCGUAGGCCGUGUGCACAGGCUGCUGCGCAAAGGCAACUAUGCUCAGCGUGUUGGCGCUGGUGCUCCGGUUUACUUGGCUGCCGUUCUCGAGUAUCUGACGGCUGAGAUUCUGGAGUUGGCCGGUAAUGCUGCCCGUGACAACAAGAAGACUCGUAUCAUUCCCCGCCAUUUGCAGCUGGCUGUGCGUAAUGACGAGGAGUUGAACAAACUGCUCGGCGGAGUGACUAUCGCUCAGGGUGGUGUGUUGCCUAACAUUCAGGCUGUGCUUCUGCCCAAGAAGACCGAGAAGGCUGCGGGGCGAUCUUAG